GGGCGGGUGAAAAGGGAGCGAGUGGGCGGGGCCGCGUGGCGUCAGCGCAAGAUGGCGGCCUCGGCAGCGCUGUUCUCGCGCUUGCGGAGCGGGCUUCGGCUCGGCUCGCGGGGACUGUGCACGAGGUUGGCGACGCCGCCCCCCCGGGCCCCAGAUCAGGCCGCAGAAAUCGUGAGCCGCGGGGGCGCUAAGGCACAAGGGCCACAGCAGCAGCCGGGUUCAGAGGGUCCCAGCUAUGCCAAAAAAGUUGCGCUCUGGCUUGCUGGGCUGCUUGGAGCUGGUGGGACCGUGAGCGUCGUCUAUAUCUUUGGAAACAACCCAGUGGACGAAAAUGGUGCCAAGAUUCCUGAUGAGUUUGACAAUGAUCCAAUUCUGGUACAGCAGUUGCGCCGGACAUACAAAUAUUUCAAAGAUUAUAGACAGAUGAUCAUCGAGCCCACCAGCCCUUGCCUUCUCCCAGACCCUCUGCAGGAGCCGUACUACCAGCCACCCUACACGCUCGUUUUGGAGCUCACUGGCGUCCUCUUGCAUCCUGAGUGGUCGCUGGCCACUGGCUGGAGGUUUAAGAAGCGCCCAGGCAUCGAGACCUUGUUCCAGCAGCUCGCCCCUUUAUAUGAAAUUGUCAUCUUUACGUCAGAGACUGGCAUGACUGCAUUUCCACUCAUCGAUAGCGUGGACCCCCACGGUUUCAUCUCCUACCGCCUAUUCCGGGACGCCACAAGAUACAUGGAUGGACACCAUGUUAAGGACAUUUCAUGUCUGAAUCGGGAUCCAGCUAGAGUAGUAGUUGUGGACUGCAAGAAGGAAGCCUUCCGCCUACAGCCCUAUAACGGCGUCGCCCUGCGGCCCUGGGAUGGAAACUCUGAUGACCGGGUCUUGUUGGACCUGUCUGCCUUCCUCAAGACCAUUGCACUGAACGGUGUGGAGGAUGUGCGAACCGUGCUGGAGCAUUACGCCCUGGAGGAUGAUCCGCUGGCAGCUUUCAAGCAGCGGCAAAGCCGGCUAGAGCAGGAGGAGCAGCAGCGCCUGGCUGAGCUCUCCAAGUCCAACAAGCAGAACCUCUUCCUCGGCUCCCUCACCAGCCGCUUGUGGCCUCGCUCCAGGCAGCCCUGAACUCUGGGCCUCCUCAAACUCUUUGCCGGAGUCCAGGGCCCCAGUGCUUCCAGACCAAGACUUGGGCCACCACUGUCCAAUAAAGUACAUCCCAGAUGCCACACCUGCUGUGUCCCGAGAGUCUCCAGAUGGGGGCACUGGGAUGAGGUCCGGGACUUUCGGGUCACCAUCCCACAGUGGCUGAUCGGCUGCCAAGCACAGAGUGGGGGCUUUGUUGGAUCAGAGCGUAUUUUUCACCCUGGUCUGGGAAUGUAAAAACUCUCGCUGUGUC